AUGUUGCUUAGAAAUUCCAUCUCUUCCACCAAAAAGUUCUUUCAAAAAACCGUACAAAGCUUCAAGUCUUUCUUUUCUAGUGAUCAUUACCAAAAGCUACCAAAAGAUCCUACUCACGAUGGUACUUAUUCUUCUUUCACUGUUGGUGUUGACAUGAAGGCUCAAACGAACUUCAUCAACAACAAAGACUUGGAGAACUUCUACAACGACUUCCCCAACAGGUGGGACGACGCAGAUAAAGAGAAAUCCAAGAGAGACAAGAAGAAGACAAUAUCAGCACCGUCGUCUUCAUCAACAAAACAAGAAAGAGAUCAUGACCUAAAUUCAAGUUUCUUGAAGUUCUCUAAGGCAACCGCUGCCAAGAAUUAUCAGUACUUACGAAGGAGAGAUCAGGACUAUACAUACGAUGAUCCUAAAUAUGAAAUGAAGAGUGCUUAUGCAAGGAAAACAUCACAACUGGAUGAUAAUUCAAGUUCUAGGCACAUUACAAGUGAGGGAAGGAGUUUCUUGGUGGCACAAAAGCUAAAGGAACUAGAAAUGAUGGAUGUUAGCAACGUAGAACAUGUAUUAGACAUUGAAGAAGUUCUUCACUAUUAUUCACGCCUUACAUGUCCGGCCUAUCUUGAUAUUGUUGACAAGUUUUUCAUGAACAUGUAUGCAGAAUUCUUUGCUCCACCUGUAAGCCCACGCAGUGUCAAUUCGAGGCCAAGGCUGCGUUCAGUCGGGUCAUAG